GAGAUGCCGAUGCCGCAUUUUGUGCCAGCCCCUGCUGUUUCGGUUUCGUUUUCCCACUAGGUGUGUCUGUAGACUGCAAGCAUGGCGGAGAAGAGAAGCUCUGGUGGAAGAACAGUUCCUGAUUUUGGAAAGAUGUAUCAUGUCAAAGGUGAACUCUCUUCGCCUUAUUGUGAGCUAAAGGAGCCAUUUGAAGCUUGGUACGACCUUGAGGGAAACAGAAGUCGAAUUGACUAUCAAGAUGGAACAGUGCGUACUUUUCUGAUUGGAAACGACUUGGAUUAUGGUGCCAUUUACACAAUCACACCAGUCACCAAUGAAACGGAAAUCCAAGCUAUUAAGUGUUUCCAUCUUAAAGGUACCAAGGAGGAUCCAAUAUGCCCACAGGCACCACUGCCUGAUUUGCAGGGCUUUGAAUUUGAGAAGAUGGAGAAUCACGCAGAAGUUCUGUGUGAGGUCUGGAAAAAGGUCGCACAGGCUGGCCAUAAGAAGAACACGUAUCGUCUGUGGGUCACACGUCCAGAGGGAAAUGAUUCCCCAGCCACCCCACACCAUUUUGAGAUGGAGGGCUUCAACACUCUUUUGGAGUCCCACAAUGACAAAUACACUAUUGACUACAGUGACUUCAGCCCACAAACUGAGUCUGACAUUUUCAUACGACCUGGAGAAAUGUCCUGUGAAGAGUUUCCUGAUCCUGUUGAGGAGCAUCAAAUAUUGGCCAACCCCAUUCAAGACUAUGUGAGCACCUCCCCUGUUAGCCACGCCCACCGUCUGUUUGGACCCUUUAAGGAGAAGUUUGAACGUCAGUAUGAAAGUGAGAAGGAGCACGAGGAGCGUGAGAGCAACUUUGUACAUACUCUGCGGUAUGUGCACUCUACAAACAGAGCCGGUCUUACAUACAGUGUCGGUAUCAAUGACUUCGCCGACUGGACGAAGGAAGAGCUGGCCAUGAUGACAGGAGGUUUACUGCUUCCAGAUUAGAGAAAGUUUGUGGUAUUUUCAUCUCUUUUUUUCAGGCUGCAACAACUAAUCAAUAAUAACUGAUAAUGAAAAUGAUCAAUAACAGAUUUGAUUAUCGAUUAAUCACAUCCACCAGACUAUCAAGAAAGCAUUAAUCAGUCACUGAAUAAUACAGCAGUGAAUAAUAAAUUUCUAUGAUCAAAAUGCACCUAAAAAUAGUGGAGACAAAGUAAGCUGCUGCGGCAAAAAUGCAAGUGCCAAGUUGUCAUAAACGUGAGAGAAUGCUUUAUAUUAAGUGCUUCAAACAAAUGCAUAAAUGCAAAUUGCACUGUCAGGCACUUUGAAAGAUGCAUGUGCUGCUUAAAGCACUAAAGUCAUGUUAAGACAUAGUUACAGGCGACUGUAAUGAAAUAUACAUUGUAUAAUUGAUUAUUCAGAAGAGACAUAUACAGUAUAUAAUUACUAUAUUCACAUGAGUAAAAGUGUAUGUUUAGCCUGUGCUUUUCUUUAUUACAGUGGGCAAGUUUUAGAAUGAAAUGUUUAUACUUUAACACUUCUUUGCAGUGUUAUGAUUAAACUACUGAUUAAAACCA